GGGAGACGGAGCUGCUGUGGCGCGGCUGGUGAGCAGCUACUUGACAGUCUUCCAGCGGCUUGCGGAAUUUGGGGUGUCUCUACAGCCUGUGCUGCAGCAAGCCCUGGGGCCCAGAAAAGCAGCAGCAGCAGCAGCAGCAGCAGGUGGCGACGAAGGCGAAGCAGCAAAUGCAGCUCUCAAGAAGCAGCUGGCUGUGCUGCCUCCCUUGUAUCUUGCUUCCUGCUGCAACAGGCUUGUGCGGGUGCUGCUGUCGGGGCUGCUGCGGGCUCUUCCCUACGUGUCUCCUGAAGCAGCAGCCACGCUGCUGCUGCAGGCGCCGGUGAAGAGCCACAAGCAGCAGCAGCAGCAGCAGCAGCAGCAGCGAGGCACCUUUGACCAGCUCUCCGAGGUCCUCUUCACGCUUUCGCACAGCCUUCCUUGUGCUGCUUCUCGGAUUUUGGCUCUCCGCAUCCUCCACUGUCUCAGUUCCCUCUACCACCACAGCCCAGACCGUCUUUCUCGUGUGGUGUACGAACAGCUGCAGCCGCAGCAUGCAGGUUUGCACUCCAGCAGCCGCGGCGGUCUGCUGCUGCUGCUGCUGCGGCUGCUGCUGCAGGACACCAACGACUCGCGCAAGGCAGCACUCAUCAAGAGGCUCUUGCAGACUAGCCUCUUCUACGCUACGCCUGGACUGGCAGCAGCUUCUUUGCAGAUUGUGCAGGGAGUGCUGCAGCAGCACCCGCAGCUCAGGCUGCUGCUGUCUCAGGGGGAGGCGCAGCUGCAGCAAACGGACGAGAUCGUGGCAGAUGCCCCAGACGACGACGACUCUCUCGAGGCUUCCCAGCCUCAAGACGAAACAGCAGCAGCAGCAGCAGGAGCCGAGGCUCCUUGUGUCUAUACACCCGAAAAGAGAGACCCCCGCUUCACGCGAGCGGCGGAGACGCGGCUAUGGGAAGUGCUGGCCUGCGCAGCAAGCUACCACCCGCGGGUGGCUUCUUCUGCUGCGAAGCUUGUUGCUGCUUACAGCAGCAAAGCGGGCAGCAGCAGCAGCAGCAGCAACGGGGAUUUAGACCCGACUGCAGUUGAUGAGGCAGCAAUUGUGCAGACGCUGCGCUCCGUCACAAACUCAGGAGUCCUCGACGACUUGGCCUACAAGGCCCCGCAGCAGCAGCAAAAGCAGCAGCAGCAGAAGCGGCGGCACCAGAAGCAGCAGCACGAGGAGCAGCAGCAGCAGCAAGAAGACCACCGCAUCUCUCUAAACUCUACCCGCUACUGGCAACGCCACGAAGCUGAUCCAGAGAGGGAAUUUAUCCGGCAGUACUUCCUUGACCGCGUAGUUGCUGCUGGGCAGCUGCAGCACAAACGGCGCCGUGCUGCUUCUGCAGCUGACGAGGAAGGCGGAAGCGACAGCGACGCGGAGGCCUCGGCAGAGGAUGUGGAAGACGACGAAGCCUUCAGCGACGACGAGGUGGACGCGUUCCUGGCGCAGCAGGCCCGCGAGCUCGGGGGCGGCGAAAGCGACGAAGAAAGUCUGGGAGAUUCUGAAGACUCUUUUGCUGAGGCCUCGGACUCUGGCGAGGACAGCGACGCAGCAGCAGCAACAGCAGCAGAAGAGGAGGAGGAAGAGGAAGAAGAGGAAGAGGAGGAGGAGAGCAGCAGCAGCAGCAAGAAAAGCCACGGCGAUAAGAAGACUAAACAACUCCGGCUGCAGCUGCAGCGCAGGGCCCUCGGCGGCACCCCUUUCGCCGACGCCGAGGGGCUCGAGGAACUCCUUGCCUAA